UGGUAUCCUGUAGUACUCACGGUGUGGUGCGUUCACUAAGUUCUAACGUGCACGAACUGAUGUGGCUUUUUUCAGGACGGCUGAAUGCGCACUGGAGAUUUGUCAACUAACUCAGAGUCGCACGGUGUUUAUAUUCGGACACUCGCUACAGUCCCCUUGUCAAAAUGUAAGCUGCUGUGUUUUUUCCCCUUGAUAUAUACACAUUUGCUGGUUGCAGGCAAGGAUGCCAUCGUCUACUGUAAUGCCAACUAUUACCCCAGAGGCACUGAAAGAGCUACUAAAGUACUACAAUCUAUCUCGACAGGAGUUUAUAGAGACGUACAACAUAAAGCCUCUUGUUUACAUCCCCGAGUUACCCUCAGGAGCGAAGACGACAUUUGUCAUCAUGUAUGCUGUGAUUUUUGUGUUAGCACUCAUCGGAAAUAGUUUGGUCGUUUACAUUGUUGUUCGAAAACGCACGAUGUUAACAGCAACAAACAUUUUUAUUUGCUCCCUGGCGGUGAGCGACCUCCUCAUCACUUUCUUUUGCAUCCCUUUUACCUUAUUACAAAACAUAUCCUCAGAGUGGCUUGGAGGUGUUUUAGUGUGCAAGACUGUCCCAUUUGUCCAGACAACAGCAAUCGUAACAGGCAUCUUGACAAUGACUUGUAUUGCCUUGGAGAGAUAUCAGGGAAUAGUCUACCCAUUGAAAAUGAGGAGACAGUACACUCUGAAAAGAGCCUACAAAAUGCUAGGGCUGGUUUGGAUAGCCUCUGUGAUCGUGGGUUCCCCCAUGCUGUUUGUGCAACAGCUUGAGGUGAAGUACGACUUUCUGUACGACCAGCAUCACGUGUGUUGCCAGGAGCAGUGGCGAUCCCUGAGGCACCGGCAGGUCUACUCCACCUUCAUCAUGGUGGCGCUGUUCCUGCUGCCCCUGGCGGCCAUGCUGUUCCUCUACACGCGCAUCAGCAUCGAGCUGUGGGUCCGCAAACGCGUGGGCGACUCAUCGGUCCUCAGCACCAUGAACCACCGAGAGGUGAACAAGAUCUCAAGAAAGAAGAAGAGGGCUGUCAAAAUGAUGAUCACCAUUGUGCUGCUUUUUACAAUCUGUUGGGCUCCUUUUCACACAGUGCACAUGCUCUUUGAAUACAAUGACCUGGAGAAACACUACGAUGAGGUCACUGUCAACAUGAUCAUCGCGGUGGUGCAAGCCAUCGGCUUCUUCAACUCCUUCAACAACCCCAUCAUCUACGCCUUCAUGAACGAGAACUUCAAGAAGAGCUGCCUAUCCACACUCUCCACGUGUCUUCUCAAGCCAAACCACCACCAGGGCGGUGCCAUUGACCGACCCAUCCACAGUGUGCAGUUCAGCAAGCCCCUCAGAUGGGGGCCGUUCCAGAGCAACAGCGUGGGCAACGCCAACUCUCAGCAGCACCUGGCCGACAACGGGGGCACGUCGUCGUCCAACCCCGACGCGUUCUCUGCCUUCCCCGAGGUCAAGAUCUCUGGCAUCACCUCGCAGUUACCCGCCAACAGCUCUCAUACAAAAUGAAACACAGGCGUGCAGUUGUCUCAAGCUUGGCAAUGAAGAGCCUUGGUGUUAAGGCUGGGGGACACGUUUAUGAAUCCAACUCUAGCUUGGCUGAAACUCCAAGGGAACUCCAAACAGAAGUGUUUACUGCAUCGUAUUAAUGAGACAGGUUACAUCGUGAGGAACCUGAACAUGAGUUUGUCUUGCUUCACUGUUGCGGAAAUGUGUGAAGAUCAAGGUCAUGUAGUCAGUCCCAAGGGAGCACUUGUGUUUAUUGUCGGUCACUAUGAAGAUAAGUGUCUGCUGUAGGCUACUAGUAAAUGCAGCUGCAGCCAAGUACAGAUCUCUUGAGACUAGCCGGUGUUUUCUUGGACAUAAGGGUUGGUAUAAUUGUGGGGGCAUGGUAACAUAUCCUCCUGAGAACCAAUCCAUAGACCUAUGUCCUCUGUAGUGGACAUAAGUUCUAGAAGCAUACCCCUUCACCCCUUUGAGCUAUUCUAUCAAUUCCUGUGGUCUUUUAAAGAGGACAUCCUGGGCUUUCUAAUGAUAUAUCAUGUGAUUGGCUGGGUUGCUGGGAACCUCCUCUUCCUGGUUC